GCGCUCGCGAUGGAAGGAGCGAGGAGAGAGAGAGAUGUCGUCGGUAGGGACGUCGUCGAGGGGGCUGUUGGAGAUCGGCAAGUUCGCUCUGUACGUGACGGUACCCGUCGUUGCCACCUAUUGCUUCGCCACAGACUCCAAGACCCUCCACAAGCUCAUGGCCUUCCGUUCUUAUGUAGUUUAUCCGCCCGAGGGUCCUCGCCCUCCUUCACCAGAGGAACUCAGGGAGAUGGCCCGACAAGUUGCUCGCAAGAACAACAACCAAUGAAUAAUUCACAGUGCAAGUUUAAGGUAACAAGAACUUCUGGUGUUGCUAAGUUACUACAACACUGAUCAUUGAGAUAUUUUUGUUGCUUGGUGCUGUGGUAGGUGUUUGCUGGCAAAAGAAUGAUGUUAUUUGCUGGUUAAUUUCAGUCUUGAAGCUAGCAAUAAGUUAUGUUAAGAAAGGAAUUACCUUCAAAUCUCAACAUUUAGCUUGUUUUAUCUUGAUGCUUGUCUGUAAUUUCAUAUAAUUUCCUACAAUCCACUGAUAUCCAAAAUAAAUGAAUUACUUUUGUUUUC